AUGCAAUUCGAUGCAGUUUUCCUGUUGAUCUUGAUGAUUUUUGGAGUGUAUACGAAACCCAUGGAUCGAUCGAUUGGCGAUUCGAUCAACAGGAUCGAUCAUGGUUCGAUAGAAUUAAGAAACUCGGAUGGGGAUACUACGUUAACUCUGGCAAACGUAACUGUUCAAAACUCUGAAGGAUCUACCACCGUGAAACCAGGCUUCCUCACCUGGCUUCUGGCACCGUUGUCUCAAAUCAACCCUCAGUCUCUCUUGCAAAACGGGGUGCUUCAAUUGAAAGAAACACUGAAUAAUCUUGGCUUGAAGACUCGUCAGGAUAUCAAAGCCAGACAAUUGACCGGCGGGAAUAAUUUGCUACACGUCGAGGGUAUAAACGAGCCAGGAUUUUACGCUAACAGAUUAGAACCUGCGGGAUUUUUUGAUGGUAAUAAUGGUUGGGUAGAGAGUAAGGGAGGAAUUCCAGCAGCUUCUGGGACGAUCCUUUCGACAGGAAGCCUGCUCACUGAUUAUCCUGUGGCGUACAGGAGGAAGUAGACCCACUUCCGGAAGUGGGUUCGUUGAGAUAGAGGUAGAUAUCUCUGAGAUAGAUGUACGGUGGUCAGAUAGCGUUAGGUUUAUUCUGAAGAGUGUGAAAUUAAAUGAAUUA